AUGGAAAACGAAACACUACGAAUCAACGAUGAGGAGCGGGGUGAAAAUUAUGUGGUCGGCAAGAACAUUGUCGCGAAAAAGGCCGAAAAAUUCCAUCGAAAAGGUAUAACCGGACCCGAGUUGCUGAACAACAUGCCGAGUGGCGUGAUGGCAUGUCCAUUUGUCGAACAUGGUUGUCAUAAAGUUGGCAACGAAAUGGAAGUGAAACUCCACGAAAGGGAUGACAGGUGGAAUUAUGAGCUGUACAUCAUUGAUGUUGCACCAGAACUCAUGCAGAAGUAUUCUUUAAUCACAGUGAAGGAUAAGCUCUCCGAGAAAAUACUUUUCGGAGCAACAUCAUCUUGUCCUCUUGCCAUGCGUGGUGGUGAAAUUGCGAAGGAACCGCUCACAUAUGCUGCGUGA